UUGUGGAUAGGACGCAAUCAAAAGAGCAAACGUUGUUUGUUGGUGUGUUAUCAUAAAAUUAUAUUUUUUAGGCGCAUUCUCAUUCACCAAUGGCGUUCACCGUCGCCAGUGGCAGUGGCGUGGCUAUAAUCCCCUGCGGCAACACCGGCACCGCCGCACUCUUCCCUCACCGAACGAGAAGAAACCUCCACGUGGCGCGCGCGAAGAAGCCCCUCAACGGCGACGACGUUUCCGUUUACGCUGAGCUCCUCAAAGCCGAAGUUUCCGUUUUGGAAAAUAAUAAGCCUCUCGACGACAACGAUGCCGCUUUGAAGUUCCUAGAGAAGAUAGACCGUCAGUUUCAACAGCCCGAUUUAUGGGAAGGACCCCAGUGGGACUGGCUCGGCAUCUUCAUCAAGUUUUCCCCCAUCAUUGGCAUCGCUGUUGCGGCAAGUCUUGCUAUCUACGGUUGCUUUACAUUUCAUGAACCACCAAAAAAUGUGAGGGAGGCUGCUGAAAGGCUGUAUUCUGUGCAGUCUGGUGUGGAGUCCAAUGCAGAGUCCGAUGAUGUGGAGUCCAGUGCAGAGACUGAUGUGGAGUCUAGUGCAGAGUCCAGUAGUGAAGUUUUCAAAGAGCCUGAUGCAUAUGACUCAGAUGUGUUUGAUUCCAAUCCAACAGAGGUAGCACCUAGUUUGGAGUAGACUCUCCGUAGAUACUGCAAAUAUACCUUAUUUUUAGCAUUUGAACCAGGUGAAAGGAUUCAAACUUUUUCUCCACUAAAUUUGUAAGGCAAUGCUUCUGCUUACAUGUACACCCUCUUAAAGUGUAUCAAUUCUGAGACAGAUCAAGUGGAUUAGUUGUACGUGUAAAUGUAUGGUUAUUUGUUGCAUUGCAUCUGAUUGCUCUGAUCGUUGUAGACAAUCUUUUAUCUAUGUUAUAGAUCAGAACUACUGUAAUGGAAUCUUUUACAAACAUAUAUAGUUCAGGUAGAGUUUGAGUUCAAAUUGAUACUGGUUUUUGUGGACCA